AUGGAUUGCACAGGCGAAACUGCAAGGGCCUCAGACGCCGCGCGCGCUCUCAAAACGUCGAUGCCGGAGGUGAGAAAGCUCACCGGGGGCGACGUUGAAGGUCAUUUUUGGUGGGAGAAACAUGAAGAACUUCUGGAAGCUGCACGAAAAGAGCUAGGACCGCUCCACGAGGAUGUGUAUCACCUGUGCUCGUCUCGAGGCUCCGAAUUAGAAACAGCUUCCUGUCUUCUUCCAGCCUUGCGGCAGGCGCUGGCCGAUGCUUCUCCUGCAGCACUACGUUCGCAACUAGUCGAGGUUUGCAGAGAUGCAGCAGGCUACGCCGUGUACAGGUUUGACAUCUUCGCCCCAGACUGGUGCGAUCGAGUCCUUGCUGAGCUGGACCAUCUCGAGGCAAGUGGCAUUCCUCUACGUCGGCCGAACGGCAUGAAUCGCUAUGGAGCCAUUCUCUCAAACUUGGGAUUUCAAGAAGGGCUGCUACAGCCGUUGAUGAGGCUUGUGGUGAAGCCACUGGCCCGAGAGCUGUGGCCUGAAUGGGUGGAUCCAAUGGAUUGCAAUGAAACCUACGGCUUCGUGGUGCGAUACAGGAUUGGCGAGGAUGUGGAGCUUGCUGAGCACGCAGACACUUCGAACGUCACUUUGAACGUGUGUCCGCUGGCUAGCUACGGCUUCGGCUGGCAUGCGUGCAGACGUGCAUCUUUUCACUGA